AUGUUGGACUCAAAGGGAGAUCCUGUUGCAGUUUCCUCAGUUUUUGGAUGGGUGGUCAGUUCAGCAAUUGACGGGUUGGGUUCAGCGGAUUCCACCCAAGCUCUGCACACCAUAGUCGAAGUUGAUAACUUUCUACGAAAUUUCUGGGAAAUCGAGGAACCCUGUCAAACUCAACUCAUGGAUUCCGACGACAUAACCUUAGAAGAGCACUUACGCACGCAUACGCGUCAUACCGACGGUAAAUACAUUGUAGAGCUACCAUUUAAGAUGGAAGCACCGCGGUUUGCGGAAGCAUUAUCGGGCGCCGUUUCGCGUUUUCACGCCGUCGAGCUUCGUCUACAGAAAAACGAAUCUCUUGGUGAAAAACUUCGGGUGGUGUUCGACGGAUCGUUUGCAGACAGCAGAGGAGUUGUUAUUAACAGCGUUGUGCAUAUCGGUCCUAGCAUUCAGCGCAAUUUGUUUUCCGUAUGCUUGCGAUUCAGGAUGCACCGAUAUGUGUUCCGACAGAUAUGGGUCGCCGAACAUCAUCGAAACUACCAAAGGAUCGUGUGGAGGGAGAGUCUUGCUGAUCCCAUAAGACACUUCCAGUUAUGCACGGUUACGUAUGGUACGGCUUGCGCACCAUAUCUAUCUGUCAGGGUACUACAACAAUUAGCAGAGGACUAUAAGCAUCAAUUCCCACGCGCAAGAUCAAUCGUACGCGAUGACUUUUACGUCGACGAUAUUCUCACGGGUGCCGACUCCAAACAGGAACUCAUUGAAAAGCUCAUGAGGAGCUUGUGA